AUGUGUCGCUCUUCUGGACCACAGGUGAAACAGAAGAAGGGUAACAGGGUCAGGAAGGUGAAGCUGGUAGAUACUGGAUCUCGGGCAACACUGCUGGACAACCGCACUUACAAGAAACUGGGUGAGCCAAGGCUACGUUCAUCUCCAUAUCGCUUACGUGCCUUCAACAAGGACGAAAUUCCACUUCGUGGAGCGGCAGAUCUUAAGGUUGCCAUCGGUGGAAAAGAAGAGAUACUACAAGCCCUCUUCACCAGGAUGGACCAUACCAUCCUUCUUGGGCGAGAGUGGAUUCGUAAGCUUGGCGUGAACCUCAACGAGCUAUUCGUUGGCAAGAUAUCUGGAGGAGUGGGAGUGGACAGGAUCACUUCGAGUUUGGCGUUGGAGAAAACAUUGGCAACGUAUUCCGAACUUUUUAGCAGUCAGCUGGGAAGAUGUACUAAGACCUUAGUGCACCUUCAUCUCAAACAGGACGCCCGGCCAAGGUUCUUUAAGCCCCGCCCGAUUCCUUUUGCGACUCGUGAGGCAGUUGAAGCUGAUCUGGAACGCCAAAUUAAGAACGGCGUUUUGAAACCUGUCGAAGUCUCGGAAUGGGCCACUCCUAUUGUUGUCGUGCCAAAGCCUAAUGGGGCUGUAAGAGUCUGUGGAGAUUUCAGUGUUACGGUGAAUCCCCAGAUCGAGAUUACGCAAUAUCCCCUACCACGGCCAGAGGAACUGUUGGCAACGCUAAACGGGGGCGAGAAAUUUUCCAAACUAGAUUUGUCCGAGGCGUAUCUCCAGAUGGAGCUGGACGAAGAUGCGAAGAGAAUCUUGGUCAUCAACACUCAUAAGGGUCUCUAUCAGUUCAACCGAAUGCCGUUCGGAAUCGCGUCUGCCCCAGCGGUGUUUCAACGUAUCAUGGAACAGGUGAUCGCUGGAAUACCCUCAGUGGCUUGUUAUCUGGACGAUAUUAUUGUGACUGGCGAGAACGACCACCAACACUUGGAAAACUUGAAGCAGGUUUUAUUGCGACUACGUGAAUUUGGCUUCACACUGAAAAAAGAGAAGUGUGCGUUCAUGCAGCAACAGGUUGAGUACCUUGGUCAUGUUGUUACAGCGGAGGGAUUUCGACCAUCUCCGAAAAGGGUAUCCGCGAUACUGAACAUGCCGCCUCCCACGCAAGUAUCGGAAUUACGUUCGUUUCUGGGCAUGGUUCAGCACUACGGCAAAUACAUACCCUCCUUGGCAGACGUGUGUGCUCCGCUGAACAACUUGCUUAAAAAAUCUGUGCCAUGGCAAUGGUCGGCGUCGUGUGUUGAAGCUUUCGAGACCAUUAAGAAGAAAUUGACUUCAGUCGAAGUACUGACACAUUGUGACCAGCGCAAGGAAAUAUUUCUGGCCGUGGAUGCGUCCUCGAAAGGACUUGGGGACCGUCAUUUACCACCGUAUUAA